CUAACUGAUGUUAUGCAACUAAGUACGUAGUACUAGCUAGACGGGGCAUUCGCAUUCCCAAGUACUCAUGGCGUCCAUGAUCACCCAGUUCCUUGUUACAUUAUCCAUCAUCUCUCUUUUACCCUCCUUUUCCCAUGCAAAACUCUCUCCCAGUUUCUACGCAAGGACUUGCCCUACUCUCCAAACUAUCGUGCAAAAUGAAAUGACUCGAGCUGUCAUAGCGGAGCCACGUAUCGGUGCCUCUAUUCUUCGGUUGUUCUUCCACGACUGCUUUGUACAAGGCUGCGAUGCAUCGAUACUACUGGACGACACGCCCACUUUCACAGGUGAAAAGAAUGCACUCCCAAAUAGGAAUUCAGUAAGGGGUUUCGAAGUGAUUGAUACCAUUAAAACUCGCGUGGAAGCUGCCUGCAAUGCUACUGUAUCUUGUGCUGAUAUUUUGGCACUCGCAGCUCGAGAUGGUGUGGUCUUGCUGGGAGGAUCCCCAUGGACAGUACCGCUAGGCCGGAGAGACUCAAGAACAGCCAACCAGAGCGCAGCCAACACCCAACUUCCCCCUCCAUUCGCCAACCUUACAACCCUGAUCUCCUUGUUUGCGGACAAAGGCCUAAACGCUCGUGACAUGACGGCUCUCUCCGGCGCCCACACAAUAGGCCAAGCUCAAUGUGUCGGGUUCCGGACUCGCAUAUACAACGACACCAACAUCGACACCAACUUUGCCAACGCUCGGAAGGCCGGUUGCCCGGUUUCUGGUGGUGAUAAUAAUUUGGCCCCGCUUGACGUACAGACCCCGAACAAGUUCGAUAAUAGCUACUACAAGAACCUCAUGCUUCGACGUGGGCUUUUGCAUUCAGACCAAGAACUAUUUAAUGGCGGUUCUCAAGAUGCAUUGGUGAGGAUCUAUAGUAACGCCAAUGCUGCUUUUGCUGUUGAUUUUGCUGUUGCCAUGGUUAGGAUGGGCAAUAUUAGCCCACUCACCGGGACAGAUGGGGAGAUUAGAAAGAACUGCAGGGUCGUGAACUGAAGUACUGAUCAUGAUCAUCAUUGGCUGGCUUUAUGCAUGGCCUUUCUUGCUAUCAUAGUACGUUUUUAUGUGUGCAAUUGAAUAAGCGUCUUGCAUUUUCGGAAAGAAAAUAAGGUGUUGGUAAAAAAUUGUGGGGAUAAUAAAAUAAUUGUCUUAUUUAAAAUUAUUCAGUCAAAAGAAAACUAAUAAUCCCCUUUGUAAUAGACUUCUGAAAGCAUGCAAACUUUUAAAUAAAGUCGUGUGCAAGCAUA